AUGGCUGACUUCAAAGUUCCAACUGAUCUUUCUGGAGGUCUCUUCUUCCUCGAUGGAAAGCGCACUCAUGUCGAAGGAAGCAAAACUUUCGAUGUAUUAGAGCCAAGAAUCGGCGCCGUUGUUGCUAAGUGCCCCACAGCUACUCCUGAAGUUGUUGAUAAGGCCGUUCAAUCAGCUCAUAAGGCUCAGUCUGCUUGGGGUAGUCUAACUCCACUCGAGAGAGGAAAAGUUCUCCACAAAGCUACCGAUAUCAUUCGCGCUAAUUUGGAAGCUAUCGCUCAAUGGGAGGUUAAGACUAAUGGAAAGCCAAUCUACGAAGCUCGUGUAGAUAUCGAGAGUUCCUCUGAUACCAUCGACUUCUUCGCUGGAAUCGCACCAGCAGUUCUCCAAGGAGAUCAAUUAGAUAUCCCCGGAGGUGCUACUACCCGCUUUGCCUAUACUCGCCGUGAACCACUCGGAGUUGUAGGUUGCAUUGGCGCUUGGAACUAUCCAUUCCAAACUUGUGUCUGGAAGGUUGCCCCUGCUCUCGCUGCUGGAAACGCCGUUGUUUACAAGCCAUCUCCAUUUGCUCCUGCUUCUCCAGUUCUUCUCGGAGAAAUCUUGAAAGCUGCUGGAUUACCUGAUGGAGUUUAUCAAGUUGUUCAAGGAGAAGCUGAAACUGGAACCGCUUUGUGCGAACAUCCUCUCAUUCGCAAACUCAGUUUCACCGGAUCAGUUGGUAGUGGUUUGGCAGUUCAGAGACAAGGAGCUCAUGACAAUGUCAAGCCGGUCACUCUCGAACUCGGAGGAAAAUCACAACUCAUAAUCUUUGAUGAUUCUGACAUCGAAAGCGCCGUUGCUACUACUAUGUUGGCUAACUUCCUCAACCAAGGACAAGUGUGCACUAAUGCUACCAGAGUUUUCGUCCAGAGAGGAAUUGUUGAUAAGUUCACUGAAGCUCUUGUCAAGGAAGCUAAUGACAAACUGAAAAUUGGAGAUCCUUUGAAGGAUGAUACCAGAGUUGGAGCUAACAUCAACGAAGGUCACCUCAAUAGAAUUCUCGGAUUUGUUGAGAGUGCCAAGCAAGAAGGAGGAAAUGUUCUUAGAGGAGGAGUUCGUGUUCAACCUGAAGGAGUUGAAGGUGGAUUCUACUUCGAGCCAGCUAUCAUCACCGGUUUGACGGAUGAUGCCAGAGCCGUUCGUGAAGAAAUCUUUGGAGCUUGCUGCUUGAUUUUGCCUUUUGAUACUGAAGAAGAAGUUGUCAAGAGAUCAAACAACACCAUGUUUGGAUUGGCCGCUGGAGUCUUCUCUGGCAAUCUUGCUCGGUGCCACAGAGUUGCUGCUCAGCUUGAAGCCGGUACUGUCUACUUGAACACUUAUAACGACACCGAGGUGAAUGUUCCAUUCGGAGGUUACAAGAAUUCCGGUCAUGGAAGAGAAAAUUGUGUUGAUACUCUCAAAGCCUUCACUCAAACCAAGGCAAUUUACGUGAACCUCCUCGAUAAGACCGAGCACUGUUUUUAA